ACAGACAUUUAUUUUUAUCAGCAAACAAAUCGAAUUCUCCAACUUUGAUAGUAAACAAACAACAAAUCAGCACAUCAAUCGUCGAGUUUAGCGCAAAAACGUUCAUCUACCAAAUAAUGAUUCGAUGUUAAGAUUUUUGAGCGAAAAAACAGCAAAUAACUGCAUAAUAUUUGGAGCUUACGUCGUCGUCGUCAUCGUUCGGUGCGCGAUAAGAAGACCGAACGUCGUUAAUUAAACACGAGAAGGCAGAGAAAAAUUAGUCAUCAUGGUCGAUGAAGUGAAUUCACAAUCAACAACGCCGCCGGACGAAGCAGAAGUUCACGAGCUCGCCGGCAAUAUGGGAUCAUCGGAUAUCGUUUUGAAAGGAUAUUUGAGCAAAUGGACAAAUUACAUUCACGGAUGGCAACCGCGUUAUAUGGUGUUGCAGGAUAAAACGCUGUCUUAUUAUAAAUCCGAGGAAGAUUCUGACUUUGGAUGUCGUGGCUUAAUAAGUUUACAAAAGGCAACUAUCAAAUCUCACGAAUUCGAUGAGUGCCGUUUCGAUGUCGCCGUCAACAACAACGUGUGGUACCUGCGCGCCGAUUGCCCCGAAGACAAGCAAAAUUGGAUCGAAGUCCUGCAAUCGUACAAAACGGAGGCCAUCAACAGCGACAAUUCCAACAAUUUACGACGCCAAAAAUGGGGCUCGAGCGUUUCGUUGCAAUCGCAGACCUUAUCGACUGCCAGCGGAUGCGAAAUUGAUCGCACGGGACGAACUCUGAGGGAAAAAUUACACGAAAUCGAGACUUUUCGUGACAUUUUGUACAAUCAAAUUGACACUUUGCAACGAUAUUUUGACGCAGCAGCGCAAAUCGGGGCUAAACCCGUCAACGGAAGCGAAUCUCAAGGCACGGAAUUAGGCGAGGGACUAAAAACGAUCGAUUUCAAGGGAGAAGCGAUCACUUUUCGCGCGACAACUGCCGGAGUUUUGACGACGUUGCAACAUUGCGUGGAUAUUAUCGUGCAAAAAGACGAGAAUCUCAAGAAAAAAUUGGACAAAGAAAUCGAACGCAGGAAAAAAGCCGAAGAACAAGUCGCCGCAUGCAAGGAAGAAUUGGAAAAAUCCAAAAAGGCGUCUCUUUUGGGACCGGACCUUGAAGAAGGUCCCCAUUCACAAAUUCCAGAAGAUGAAUUUUUCGAUGCAGUUGAAAUUGGCUUGGAAAAGAUCGAAGAGGCGCGCGAGACGAGAGUUCGGUUGAAAUUACAAUCGCAACAAUCCCAAAUUGACUCAACAAACGACAUCGUAGUUGAAGGCGAAGAAGACUUUGGCACAGGGAAACUUGCUCGCUCGCAUCGUCUCUGGCCCGAAAUUGAUCGUGUGUGCAAAGAACAGAUGCAUUAUGCACGUCAAGGUGUCGGCGAAGGCGGAAACGGAUGGCAAAUUUUCGCCGAUGAAGGAGAACUUAAAAUGUACCGACGAGAAGUCGAAGUCGAUGGCAUGGUAAUGGAUCCCCUGAAAUCGUGUCAUGUCGUAAAAGGCGUCACAGCACGCGAAAUGUGUCAUUACUUCUUCAUGCCCGAGUUCCGUAACGAUUGGGAGACGACGCUCGAGGACAUGCAAAUACUCGAAAAAAUUUCGCCUGACGCGUUGGUGUUCCUGCAAACGCACAAACGUAUUUGGCCCGCUAGUCAACGAGAUGCCUUGUUUUGGUCGCACAUGCGAAAAAUUGACGACGAUUUUGAUAAGGAGGCGCACGAUACGUGGGUCGUGUGCAAUCAGAGCGUCGAACAUCCAGAUUAUCCGCCCGCAAACCAAGGAAAAUGUGUUCGCAUUUACCUCACAGUCAUCCUGCUUUGUCAAACGUACAUAGCUGAACCCAAAAAUGGCAAGCCCCUAAGUCGCGAUGACAUCACGUGCAACUUGACGUACUGCUCUGUCGUAAAUCCCGGCGGAUGGGCGCCAUCAACCGUCCUACGAGCGAUCUACAAGAAGGAAUAUCCAAAAUUCCUGAAACGCUUCACGAGUUACGUGCAGGAACAGAGCAAAAACAAGCCGAUUAUGUUUUGAAAAAAAUAUUUCUUUCUUCCUCUUAAAAAUGAAAAAAAUUACUUCACAAGAGAAAAAUAUUUCCCAAUUGUUACUAAAAUUUUCUCAGGAUUAUUUUUUAUCGACAAUUAAAUUUUAUAAAUAGCAAGAAAAACUUAUAAAAAAUAUAUUAUUUUUGUACAAAAAAAAAGAAAAAGUAAAAAAAAAAUUAGCCAGUGUAAGUAGUGUAAAAUAAUUGUGCAUAAUGUGUAAAAAAAAUCAACAAGGGUGCCGAGUAAUUUUUUGCAAAACUUUUUAAUCACGGCUGGCAGCAUCGUUUCCAAAGCAAAUCAAAUAAAAAAAGAUAUUUUAGACAAUGUUGUAAAAAUGUAA